GGGGGCGUGGCCAAUCUCGCGCAGAGGGUGAGAGCAGCGGGCGGCGCCGGUUGUGGGGGCUUCGCCGUCGCCAUGAGCGCCACUAUGAGGCAGAGGCUCGACCGGUUCCUGCACGAGAAGAACUGCAUGACAGCCGUGCUGGAACGCAUCGAGAGGAAGACCGGCGUGAACCGCACCUACGUCGCCGCUGGCAUCGUCGGGGCCGUGGCCGUGUACCUAGUGGUGGGAUACGGCGCCUCGCUGCUCUGCAAUCUCAUCGGCUUCGUGUACCCCGCCUACGUGUCAAUCAAGGCCAUUGAAAGCCCCAACAAAGAUGAUGACACACAGUGGCUGACUUACUGGGUUGUGUAUGGAGUUUUCAGCAUAGUGGAGUUCUUUUCCGACAUCUUUCUGUCCUGGUUCCCUUUCUACUACAUGCUGAAGUGUGGCUUUCUGUUGUGGUGUAUGGCUCCCAGUCCUUCUAAUGGGGCAGAAUUUCUCUAUCAUCGAAUUAUCCGGCCUUUCUUCCUGAAGCACGAAGCUCAGCUUGACAGUGUUGUUAAAGACCUGAAAGACAAGGCUGCAGAGGCUGCAGAUACCAUCUCUAAAGAAGCCAAGAAAGCAACAGUGACCUUUCUGCAUGAAGAGAAGAAGAGCACUUAAGCUAUUAACUGGAUAGUUUGCCUACCACCUCCUUUAGGAAGCUUGAUGUUUCUGGGAACUGUGGUAUGAUAUUAAUAAUAUUGCCUUGGAAACAUUUUGACAUUUUAAAGGAAUGUGUUGUAAGUUUGCUUACUACUUUGCUAUGUCUGUAUGGGAAGUAAGCAUCUUUAUUUACGAGCAAUGCAGUGGGCAGCAUCUGAAGCUUAAUGAAAAUAUUUUAUUCAUCUUCAUGCAGAAGAAAUAUUUCAGUAAUCUCUUUCUGCAGUAACAUAAAUAAAAAGUAUAUAUCCCACAGGCUCUGCACUUUAGUUGUCUGUGUAUAUGUAAUUACUCUUAACACUUUGACUGUGGUGCAUCUGGUAACAUGAAACUACUGUAAAACGAAAAUACUGGUCUGAAAGGAUCUUCUGGAGUAUACAGGGAGUUGCUGUGAGAGAUGGCAUAAUGGAUGUAUUCCCCACCUACAAAACUGUAAAUGGUGAAAUUACAUGUUCUAGGCACCUGAUGAUAGAAGUUAUUCACUGUUGCAUGUUUUGUUGUAACACAAUAUUUGGUACAGUGUGUGUAUUCUUAACUGGGUAGAUACUAAAUAUAGGAAAGAGUGACUUCAUUCAAGUUACCAAGCUUUACUUAAGUGUGAAAUAAUUUCCCAGAAGUGGAUGCAUUUGAUUGCAAAAGAUCAGCGCGGGAUGACUAAAGUACAACUCCUUGUCUCUUCUUGCUAAAUGAAGUUGUCAUCUAAAAUUAGAGUGCCUUUUAAGUUCACACUCAAAAGCACAAACCACCUUUCGCUAGGGAGUGAUAUCAUUACCAACACUGUUUCCUAAAGUCCAGUUCAAAUACAGACUGCCUCGGACGCCGGUCCCCAGAACUGUGUUGUUAGUGGGAUGGACUACAACCUCCCAUGAGCUUUUUCUGCUCAUAGGAAUCUGCAGUCCCUUCUGACUGUACCAAGAACAACUUUGCAUCAGCACUGAGACUUCUGAAAAGAGAUGCUUUUGUCAUUACAUGAUAUAUUCCUGACCAACCAAUAAGAAUACAACUGAAGUUAAGGGAAUACAGGCUUUUUUUUUUUUUUUUUAAGCCUUGAAUUGGUAUUUACUUUUUCACUCUGUAGUAUUUGAAAUUCAGCCUGAAUUGCUGAGAUCUCCCUGUUCUUGUCUCCAUACUGACAUUUCUUUAAAGCCUACAGUAAUGGUAUGAAGUUUUUAAUUUGCAGAACACACAGAAAGUAAGCCUAAAAUUCUGAUACAAAAAAAAAUGAUUUCUGGUCCAAAACCUUAAGCUCAAAAGAUUUAAUCUUAAAAUAGAUUUGUGAAGACUUUUGGCUAUUGUAAGAAGUGGGUAUAUAAACAUUCAAUGCAAAUUUUCAGAUGCAAAACCUGGAAGAGAAUGGAGUGCACAGCACAACUCAGCAAGUUAGUUUCAUGUUUUGAGAGGGAAGUGUUGUAAGAGACUUACGAAAAAGCAUUUUAAGCUUUAAGCUGGAAAACCCAGCCCUCAUGGCUGGCAGCUUGGAUAGGGAAGUGUGAGACCCACUCUGCAUCAUUUUCUGUAGGGCAGCGUCCAGUUUGUCAUGUGAAGGGAAAAAUGUGAGUGUCACAGCUAAUCAUUCCAUAACAACUUUUUGUUAUGAGAGGAUGGGCUGAAGGGGAUAAAGUCUACAGCAAAGUUACAGAUGUAAGCAAGUGAAAAGUUUGAAGUGACUCGCCGAAUAAGUGGUUUAAUUUUCUGUUUUAUCUUCCUCUAUCUUAAAACCACUGACUUUUGCUGCAAGCCCUAGUCAAUCCCAGUGCUGUGUUUCAAACACUAUCAGCUUUUGUUUGCCUCUUGAAGUAAUAAGUAAUGAAUAAAAAUACUCAAUUUUCUGUUGGAGUUAGGUAACAAAGUACUACAUAACUCUAAAAGCUGCUGAUACAUCUUAGACUUUCCAACCCUGACAAGGUCUGUGGUAGAGUAGGUCUGUAUUUUUCACUUCUCGUACUACUCAACAGUUCUUGCACUGUUAUUAAUGGGGAUAAAAAACUUGUUUUUACAACUUUGUAUUUCUUGACCAGCAGUUAAAUUCAGUACUCCUUUAUCGAAUUUCUACUUGAAGCAGAACUACCCUCUGUUGUUAACGGCAGUUGAUCUUGUUUUCCUUGAUGCAAGUAGAAAUUACUGGAUUUCUGCAGCAAGUUACCGUGUCCCGCAUGUAACUCCACUGGGCUGGCCCCGCAAGUCAGUGCUCUUCCCAAGGAUUCUUUGCAGCAUUUAUGUGCAAAUGUUGGUACGCGUGUCUGCUCUGUGUCUGUGCUGAAGUUGUAAUGUGCUAAAUACAAAUGGACACAAAUAAAGAGAUUCUUACGGGA